GGAGUGCUCAGAAAUGCAAUGUUUGUGCAUACCGGACAACACAGCCAAAAGAACAACAAAAAUGUACUAGUGCCACAGUGACAUGCCCAUCCGGUACUUCGUAUUGUUUCACAUCAUCUGUUACCUUCCAAAAUGACACAAUAGCUGUCGAAAGAAACUGUGGCAAUGCCGAUAUUUGCAGUGAUAAUGCGUGUGGCCGUUUAAGCGCAGCAUGGAAUCUGAAAUCGUGUGCUAUUUCAUGUUAUAAUACCAACAGUGCAACUGGUGUCAUGGUGACCAAAUUUACUCUUUCCUUGAUGGUGAUUGUUG